GCCCCAAAGCCCAAAACGGUUCACAUGUGCAACUGACAGCGCCGACCCAUGACCCAGACCCGCCACAGAUCAAGGGGUGCGACCCGUAGCCCAAACCGGGUCACAUGGCAUGCCGUCUGACUCAAUCCUACCGUCUGUUACUUUACGUACACGAAGAUUAAUCAGAUACUCACAUAUUGUGGCUGUAGCAGUUACUGUUAGGGCCCGUCGGGAGAGAGGAGAAGGUGGUGGUUGUUAAUGGCAACCUUCGCCGCCGGUCUCUCACGAUCUCCUCUUCAUCUUCCUACUAUACGACCUUGUUGCCGGAUUUCACCCGCUCGCCCUUUUUCUGUUAUUUAUCCCACUGCAUAUUUUAUCAAAUCUCGAAGUUUAAGAACCCUAGUUUUAGCUUCCUCAGCUUCUUCUUCCGGCGGGGAAUUUAAUUCUCGAGAUGGGAAUUCUCGGUCGAAGAAAUCAGUUCUCUCAAAUUUGAUACAAGAAAUAGAGCCUUUGGAUGUGAGCCUUAUUCAGAAAGAUGUUCCACCUACGACAAUAGAUGCCAUGAAAAGGACCAUUUCGGGAAUGUUGGGCUUGCUUCCGUCUGACCAAUUUCAGGUGAUGAUUGAAGCAUUAUGGGAACCACUUUCCAAGCUGUUGAUUUCUUCAAUGAUGACCGGGUAUACAUUGCGGAAUGCUGAAUUUAGGCUUUGCGUUGAGAAAAAUCUUGAAAUCCAUAAAGGACAUAUUGAUAAGCAAAAGGCCGAAGAUACUAAACUUGAAGCUGAAGGUUUGUUGCUCAAUGACGAUGAAGUGAGCAAAUUUUUUAGACAAGACAACUUGCCACUAUCAGAGACAAACGGUGAAGUUACAUCCCAGAUUCCUGAUCUUGGGGAAAUUUCUCUUGAAGCUCGAGAAUAUAUAUUGAGAUUGCAAUCUCGUUUAUCUUCUGUCAGAAAGGAGCUCCAUGAAGUUAAGCGAAAAAGUGCGGCUCUUCAGAUGCAACAGUUUGUGGGGGAAGAAAAGAAUGACUUGUUAGAUUAUUUAAGAUCUUUGCAACCAGAAAAGGUAGCGGAGCUUUCAGAACCGUCAUCACCUGAGUUGAAGGACACCGUACAUUCAGUAGUACAUGGUCUCUUGGCUACCCUUUCUCCUAAAAUGCAUUCAAAAGCUUCUGAUCUCUCUGACAACCCAGCUAUAGGAACCAUAAUCAUUGAAACAAAAGAUUGCAUUGACGUUGUUGAAAAUACUUCCCUUCAAUUCCAGCCCCUUAUUUCUUUGACACGUGAUUAUCUGGCGCGCCUACUGUUUUGGUGCAUGUUGCUGGGGCACUACCUUAGAGGCCUAGAAUAUCGGUUGGAGCUUAUGGAACUUCUGUCCUUACCUUGCGUUGAAGAGAAUGGUACUUCUGAAGAGUGAACAAGUUCGUUGCAGCUGCUGUAAUUAUACUCAGUUAUAUAUGUGUAUAUACGUAUUUGUCUGUUAUAGAACACAAUAACUAUGUUUUGAAAUAUUUAACAAUAUGAUUUUUUUUCCCCAGAGAAUAAUAUGCUGAACUAAAACUUGCUAGUUCAUACCUGUAGAAACAAGAAACUUGCAUGUUUUCAAGUGAAUAAAUUCCAGAAAUUGUGUGUGGCUUGCAUUUU